AUGAUUCAUGUAGAGGAGGAUGAAACCCUAAGAAAAGGUCCCUGGACUGAACAUGAAGAUGUUCAGUUGGCUUUUUACGUGAACAUGUUUGGUGAUCGCCGAUGGGAUUUCAUAGCAAAAGUUUCAGGUUUAAAACGAACCGGAAAAAGUUGCAGACUGAGAUGGGUGAAUUAUCUGCAUCCCGGGUUGAAAAGAGGAAGGAUGACACCUCAUGAAGAGAGGCUAGUUCUUGAAUACCAUUCGAAAUGGGGAAACAGAUGGUCAAGAAUCGCUAGAAAAUUACCGGGGCGUACUGAUAACGAGAUUAAGAAUUAUUGGAGGACUCACAUGAGGAAAAAAGCUCAAGAACACAAAAGGGUUUCAUCUCCAUCUUCAUCCUUCUCUAACAGCUCUUCAUCCUCAUCAAUCUGUACUAACGAUCCCACAGUUGAAUCGAUGCCCAUGAAUGAGACGAAAGAACGAAGCUUUUAUGACACAGGAGGGAUCGAAAUGGUGCCUGCUUCUAGAGGCAAAAACAGCAACACUUCAAUGAAGCAUAAUAAAGAUACUAGUGAAGAACAGGAGAAGAUCUAUUCGAUGGAUGAGAUAUGGAAAGAUAUAGAUUUGUUAGAAAAUGAUGAUCUUAAACCGAGUUUUGAUCCUUAUAGCGACGUUUCACCUUCUCGGAUAUGGGAUUAUUCAGUCAACAGUUUUUGGAUGAUGGAUGGUGGUCAACAAGAGUUUGGUACAGAUAUGUUUUUCCCGGCAACAAGCGAGUUGUUAACAGGUUAAGUAGCGGUAUUCCAUUAUUAAUUUGGUGAUCGUAGUUGCAAUAAUUUCCUCAAGGUACUUGUAUAUAUUUUUUAUGGGGUGAUAUUAAGCUAUGUCGAUCUGUGUUAUAUUGAGGAAAUAACCUUUGUAAGUAUCUUAUGUUUUGUUUUUGGUUACCCUAAUUAAAUCUUACACUUAGGC